UUGAACUGGGAAAUUGGGAUAUGGAAAUGAAAGUAGGGCGAUACUUCUCCACAAAUGUCGGAAGUCAGGAAGGAUUAUUCCUCAAAAGAAUUCCAGUCCGAAUUAACUUUAGCGCUCUAAAUUAACUGCCUGCUCAACCAGUUCAAUUGGAGACACGCAAAUGUGUGAAAUGAUCAUGAAAAAAUAAUCUUGGUCUCCAGGAAUCCAAAUGCUCAAAGAACCUGAAUAUAUAAACAACUGAUGAGGAUUCUAAAGAGUUUCAUAUUAAUUACCUUAACCAUCCCUGCUGAUGAACUGAACUUCAACCAGCAUGCAGAUUAUUUUACUGUGGUUUGUUUCUACUUCUUUCUGGACUUUUCGGGUUUAAACCUAAAGAGCUUGACGGCAUCACUCGGUCCUGACAGAACCAAAGUGUCUUGCUUGGAUCCAUAUAUAACAAUGCAGUAGGCUACUUUUUCUAAUGUGUUGAAGAAACCAUAAUAUAAGUAUUGAGAUUAAAUAUUUGCCUCUGCUUUCAAAUUAACAUCUCUUGCACCUUAUAUAAACAUGAUCAAUUUUGGAAUUGUUAUUUUUAUUGCUGCUAGUUUGAAUUUCAAAUUGUGUCUCAGCACAUGUGCUCGUGCUGAAUAUGAGAUCAAUGGAGAAUGCUGCCCCAUGUGUGCUCCAGGAAACCAUGUUUUUUGGCAUUGCACUGUAGAUACAAGUACAACUUGUAUUCCAUGUUCUGCAUUGACUUACAUUGAUGAACCCAAUCGGUCAGAUAAAUGCUUUCCCUGCUCUGUCUGUGAUGCAGGACUACGAGGAGUAAAAAUAAAUAGAAGCUGCACCCGCUCUGCAGAUACUGUCUGUGAGCCACUGGAGGGAUUCUACUGCAUUGAGCAAAAUAAAGGCAGCUGUACAUAUGCUGUGCAACACUCUAAAUGUCACCCUGGACAAUGUAUCAAACAAGCAGGAACAGCAUUUACUGAUACUGUAUGUGACGACUGCAUGGAAGGCACUUACUCUAACGGCUCUUUGACAACCUGUCAACCACAUUCAAUAUGCGAGAGUGAAGGCCUUAAAGAAAUAAAACCAGGAACAAUGUCAUCUGAUGUGGAAUGUGGGAAGUCAGUUUCAGUUAGUAUCAUCGUUGGAGUCAUUGCUGCAAUCAUUAUUGGUGUUUUGGUGACUGCUGUUGGGAUCAAAAUAUAUUGCAAAUUAAAACAGAAAAGAGAUUCAAAUGGUUACUUAUUACCAAUGCAAGAGAGUAAUUCCACUGUGGCAGAAGAGAGACCAGUACCGGAAGGUGCCUGUGAACCAGAUAUUCACCAUCUAAAGGAUUAUGAGAGAGAAUCGGAAGCGAAAGUGACCUGACCGUGCAAAGCAAUAUUUAUCACAAAACAUGGACACUAUCUGACUGUAAAUUUAGUUGAAUUCUUUUUACAAAUAUAAAUUGUACAAAUAUAAUUGUAAAGAUCGAUAGAUACUCUCUCUGUGUUGUUCUUUUUUUUUAAGAUUGGCACACUUACUCAAUAACGCAAAACAGUGUGAUUAAAAAUCGCUGUCAACGAA